AUGGCGGAGUAUUAUCCUCGACCGGAUUUUCAGCGGACGAGCCUCAAUUGGGUGACUUUGAAUGGGAAAUGGGGUUUCGAAUUCGACGACAAAGAUGUCGGUCUCUCCCAGCGUUGGUACGAAAGCUAUAGCGGAAAGCGCACCAUCAAUGUUCCGUUCGUGUUCCAAACUCCUGCGUCGGGUAUCAAUGAUCAAAGUGCGCACGAGGUCAUAUGGUAUGAUCGCAAGAUCACCGACCCCCGCACGGCAGAAGAGCUGGGGAAGGGCAACCAUGCCUUGAUGCGAUUCGGCGCCGUUGACUACGAGGCCACCGUUUGGGUCAAUGGCCUUUACGUUGGCUCGCAUCGCGGCGGACAUGUCCCCUUCGACGUGGACAUCACGCCCGCGCUCCCUCUGAAGGGCGGGGAAGAACCGCACCGUGUUGUCAUUCGCGUCAAAGAUUCGCCGUAUGACUUGACGCAACCGCGGGGUAAGCAAUAUUGGAAGCCGGAGCCCGAUAACAUUUGGUACACGCCAUCCAGUGGAAUCUGGCAGAACGUUUGGCUGGAAAGCGUUCCCGCCGUGCGGAUUGCCAAUAGCAGCGAGGGGACCGUCCUACGUGCGGACGAUAUCGAGAGCGGCGACCUGCAUGCCACGAUUGGCGUGGUCGGAAAGCUUGCUCUUCAACCUUAUGCGAUCCAGAUUGAAGCGAGCUAUCAGGGUGCUGUCAUCCGGACAUCGGAGACCGUGCAGCUGCCUCGCGACCGAGAUGUUGUCAACUGCACUCUCAAUCUCCGCCUAAAUUCCGGUCAGCUUGAGGAAAUAUCCCAAGGAUUCCCUCGUACGGAGCUUCCGAACAAUCCGAAGUAUCUACAUAACGAUAUCCCUGUCUGGUCUCCCGAGCACCCGUUCCUGUACGAUAUCACGAUCCGGCUAUACGAUUCUUCGAACGCCGUCAUUGACCAGGUUGAAACCCACACCGGGAUGCGUUCCAUUGAGUGGACCCGAGGGGAUGAAACGUUCCGACUGAACGGAGAGCCGUAUUUCCAAGCGCUCGUUCUCGACCAAGGCUACUGGCCAGCGACAGGAAUGACCCCCCCUGUUCACUCCAGCCUGCGAGAAGAUGUCCAACUAUCCAAAGACAUGGGAUUCAAUGGCUGCCGCAAGCAUCAGAAGGUUGAAGAUCCGCUGUUCCUGUACUGGGCGGACAAACUUGGCUACCUGGUCUGGGGCGAGAUUGCCAAUGCCUACGAGUUCGACGAGAAAUACGUGGAACGGUUCGACCAGGAGUGGAUUGAAUGCGUCAAGCGAGACAUCAAUCAUCCGUGCGUGGUCGCGUGGACGCCCGUCAACGAAAGCUGGGGAUAUACGGACUUGCCGAACAACGUGGAGCAACGCAAUCAUAUUCGAGCGCUCUACUACAUGACGAAGACCCUCGAUCCGACUCGACCGAUCAAUGACAAUUGCGGCUGGGAGCAUGUGCUGACUGACCUUACCACGUACCACGACUAUGACGAUGCGGCCGAGCUCGCGGUGCGGAGCGCGUCAGUGGAGAACAUCAUCACCCAGAAGAAGCCCUGUUUCCUUGACCCGAUCGUCAACCAGUCCGGUGGCGACAAGGGAUCCAAGCAUGAAGAUGGUGCUCCGGUAAUUUGCUCCGAGUUUGGCGGAGUGAACAUCCAACCCGCCGAGGGGGUCCCUGGAGCCACCGCGAAAGACUGGGGUUAUACCACUGCCAGUGAUCCGCAAGACCUGCUCAAGCGCGUGAGGAACCUAGUCAUGGCGGUGGUGGAACCGGGGGUGUGCUGCGGGCUAGUUUACACCCAAUUGACAGAUAUUGAGCAGGAGGUCAACGGUGUAUACUCGUUCGACCGACGGGCCAAACUCGAUCCUGCGGCAGUGAAAGACAUCAUGGACCAUGCAAUGACGGCGUAUCACAAGCUACGAAAGAUCCGGAGCCGAGCGUAA